CCAUCUUGUUUCUUUAUCCCUCGACUCUUGAAGCAUCUGCCCGACGCUCAAGCACUCUCUCAAGUCCAUCAUGAGAGUACUGCUCUGGUGCCGAGGACCUCGCCCUCCCGAUGACUACAACCAACUGGAACCAGCAGCAACCACUCGGAACCAACAAAGCUGCUGUUAUGCUACCACAUUAGUUGAGCUUGGUUGUCUCCAAGCCUUGUCACUGAACAUCCUCUGGCUUGUGACGCUGCCCAGUCGAUUCGCUCCUGGAUGCAAGAGUCUGGCUUCAAUGCCAUCAAGAGUUCCAGAUCAAGGCCUAGUAGGGACCGCGUGUGGUGGUGGGCAGUUAUCCGGUUAGAACAACCGUUACGUAUUGCGUGUAUAAUUGCCUAGUAGUAGCUUAGCUUUUCCGAACUGGUUGUCGCCGGUUUAUUCCCUGGUGUGCGAGGCACUGACAUUUGUUUUUGCCAAUACACUAUUAAAUUCUCCGAUAAGCUAUAGGAUUUCUAUCCGCGGUAGUUGUCUCGUGCUCAUGACUGGUGAACAUUAUGCUCAAUUAAUUGGAAGAGACAACACAGCUCCGACAAGGAUUCAGGGCCAUUACUAGCUGGCUACUGAUCGCAAUCAAGAUGCUGCAGUCAUAUAUGCCCUGUAACUGAUGGCAAAUGCCCUCGCCAGGUAUAAUCAGCCUGCGGUUGUGGAGGAUAGCAAAAUGCAAGGAAUCUUCGGAGAUUUAGAUCGAAUCUCAGGUGCCCCUUGGGAAUGUUUUGAUGGGGCCCGGAUAUUUUCUUGUUUUGGGGAUCCUUUUGACAUCGUCAGGUUCUGAGUACUAUCGCACCGAAUGGAUCGCUUUGUUCAAUUUCGGAAGUUUUCUGCAGAAUGUUGCUUUGUCAGUCCGGGGUUUUUACCUCAAUAGAGCGGGUUUCUCCCAUCCCGCGGGGUCGAAUGGGGGAUAGUUUGAUGUUUGAGCUUUUUUAGUACACUUUGCCUCGACUGGCAAAUUUCGACAAACCCAUCAUCCUCCUUACAGCCAUGUCAGAAUCAGGAACAACCGUACCCUCCCAGCAACACAGCUACAUCCCGGCACCCACUAGGGCAGCUCAUCUUCACAUGCGAUGGAUGGAAAUGCCAUUUCCCGUACAAGAAUGGAACGACAACUGGAUGGUCGUUGGUCCAGUCGGGAUUCCAUCACAAUGGAAUCGAGAAAGAAGAGAGAGAUACUCCCACCCACCAAACCAUUCCGUCUUCCAACAACAUCCCAUACCAUACCAGUUUCAAAUGCCAUGGUCAAAUCACGCUCGGUCGUCGUCGAAUUGGGCAGUGUCCCAUUCCCCAAGUUCCACUCGAUCCGCAUCACCGCCGUCGGUUGAAUCACCUCCUACCUCGUCAACACAACCCACAUUGUCCACGCACCCAAGCUUCAAGGCCAAAGCAGUGUGUCUGCUAUCAUGUAAAUUCUGUGAACAAGUUCUUUGCAAAAGAGGAAUGAAGGCCAUUCUGCUGGCUGAUACAAGGAUUGAGUUGUUUUCAACGGAUACAAUUCCUUCAGGGCGCGUCCAGCUCGUUGCCCAAGAUUAUCUCACUCGAAACUGCCAAUGCCGAAUUCGUGAUGUAGCAUGUUUGGGAUGUGGGAACGUAAUUGGCUAUCACGUCACAACUCCUUGCACCAAGUGCAUGUCCGCAUGCCACAAUGGGCAUUUUUGGAUGUUUCAUGAGAGUGCUGUAGCUGGGAGCGAGAGAUUUGAUGAGUCUGGCACGCAUAAACUACUCUGGGCACAUUUACCUUAUGCCGAUCGUGAUGCCGAUUGGAUGGAGACUUUUGAUGGAGUUUGUCGUUGAUCGGGUUGAUUGAUAUUCUUUUUUUCUUACCGGAUUCAAGAUUUAUUUUUUUGGGAAUUGCUGAAAGGGCUGCGUAGUGGAUGUUGUGCCCAUUGAAAUAAAUAUACCAGCUCGGCUGUAGUGAUGGCGAGACAGAGAUUCAACGCCCUGCGUUUUUGGAAUCGUUGCCGUGCUUUACGUUUUGCGAGUCUAUUGUUGUCUCUCACACAUUUUGCCGGGGGCGAAGAUGACUGUUAUUCGAGUUCAUAUCCGAGGUCAUAGUCUGAUACUUGACAAUGUCAAUAUAAUGUACCAAAU